AUGAUUUCACUGGCGAAAAUCUCUCGACUUUUCUUUUUCGUGGUGAGUUGUAUUAUUAAUACAAUGUCAGUCGAAGAGAAAUGAACCGUUUUGUAGCUCCCUCUGCUGAGUGGAGCAGCCGGACAAUUCGACGCAGAUGUACGAUGGUCCUGCACCGAUGAAAUCGUGUCCGUGUUUGUCCGCACACCCAGAGCAUUCGAAGGACUCGUGCAGACGAAAGGAGCAGAGUCCGAGAAUUGCAGAGUUCAAGGAUUCGGGACGAACGUGGCCGUGCUGAAGUUGAAUUUGAAGUCGGAAGAGUGCGGAGUGAAGUAUGACGCGGCAUCUAGAACUCAUUCGGUGACUGUCGAUGUUCACUCUCAUCCGGUUCUCAUUGUCGAAGGAGACAAAUCAGUGAACAUCACGUGCCGGGAAGUUGGGAAUGGAACACAGACGAUGAGCCUAAGGAAUUCUCAUGCCUCUUCUGAUUAUCAACUUCGUGUUCUGUCGAGUCGUCUUCCAAUUGAAACCGUCCGAUAUUCCCAACCGUACACCCUUCAGGUAGUUGUCUUCAGGAAUACCUCAAAACCUGAAUCUUGUCUUUUCAGAUCCGUUCCCUUGUGAACCAACAGUCUUCAUCAUUCUUUGUCGGACAAUGCAACGCUCAACCAGUCGGCGGAAAUGUGAGUGUCCAACUGACAGAUCCGGUCGGAUGUGCUCUUUUCAAAUCAAUCAUGGGGAACUUUGCGAGGAGAGAAUCGGUCGAAGAGGCUGAAAUUCCGUCAAUGUUCCGGUUUCCCAAUGCGCAACAGCUCAAGAUAUCGUGUGUUGUGACGGAAUGCGACGGAAACUGUGAAACGCGCUCUUGCGAUACCGACUCUUCUGCUUCGUCGCUUCUGGAGAAAACGACUGCAAGUGUGGAAUCGGACGAGCAACAGACAGUCUGGAUCGUAGUGAAUCUGGAAGAAGCCGUGGCAGCACUCCCCGAAUUGUCUGACAGUGCUGACGACGAAGUAAUUGUGCACCACGUGGCAAGAGACGCAGAAACUCCGCCGCCCACUUUGAUUGUUCAGAAGAACCGAGAUGAAUACUACGAGAACGAGUGCAUUUCGGAAGCAGAGUUCAAACUAAUGUAUUACCUUUGUAUCUUCCUAGCAAGUAAGUGAAAAACAUAUUUUAAGAGAGACCGUAUCCUAUGAACUUUCAUUUCAGUCUGUUCGAUUGUUGGCUUCACAAUGAACAUUGUACUCGCAAUAAUAUUAAAGAGGAGAUCGGCGAAGAAAUCGAAGAAACAACUGCCUGUGGAACAGUUGCAAAUACCCAAAUCUUCUGUCGUCCAACCCGAUUUCUGGAUAAUUGAGAACGCGAAAGGUGGGGAAUUUCAAUGUUUUUUUAACAAACAUUUUAUUUCAGAAGCACCGGAAAUGAAUUAUUUUGAACAACGGCGGGAUUCGCUGUCUUCUUAUGCAUCUGUAAGUAGUCUAAACAUUAAAGUAACAACUAUUCACUUCUGCAGAAGCCGAACCGUCGUAUUAUUCCUGUAACUUCCGAGUACGGAGUUGCUGCCUCUCGCAGUUCUGCAGCGUCCUCUUCGGAUGACAGAAGUAGCAACGAGAUUUACAGGUUUUUAGGGAACUCUUCAUAGGAACCAAUGUUUCUUUCAGACGACCCAAUCAGAUAGUGAUGGCUCGUCCGGAGGCUCGUCACAGUAGUUCGACGUUCAUGACGCACUCGACGACGAUGGAGACGGACAUCGACAGUCAAGCAUCCAAUCAGGCCACAUCCUAUCACUAA